AUGCUCUUUGCUCCAGCGCAGGUUUCCGUAGCAGAGGGGGCCUCUCUGUAGCGGUGUCCGCGGUCUCCAGCAGGGCUGAGGCGUCAGUGCUCGCACAGUCCUCACCCUCGGCUGACACCCGGCGCACUGCUACUCUUCGAGCCCCGGGCCGCCGCCUCCGCCGCUUCAGCGUGCCCGGAUCUGGCCCCUUGCCCCGCGAAGAUGGCUGCCGUACGCCGGGCCCGCAGUUACUGCCGCUGCCUGGUGCGCUUCUCCGACCGAGAACUCUGCUAAGCCCCGUUGCAGCAGACAGGCAGGAGUAGACACCCAGCACCCCUCCCCAGGGGGUGCGGUGCAGAGGGGGCGCAGAGAGCCCCUCGACCGCAGCCGUCCGCCCCGCCAGCAUGGCAGAAGCCGAGGAAGAUUGUCAUUCUGAUACUGUCAGAGCAGAUGAUGAUGAUGAAAAUGAAAGCCCCGCUGAAACAGAUCUGCAGGCCCAGCUCCAGAUGUUCCGAGCUCAGUGGAUGUUUGAACUUGCCCCAGGUGUAGGCUCUAGCAAUUUAGAAACUCGACCUUGCAGAGGAUCAACAAGAAGCUCUUUACUGAAAGCAGAUACCAAAGGAAAACAAGAACUGGCAAAGGAGGAAAAGGCUCGAGAACUCUUCUUAAAAGCAGUAGAAGAAGAGCAAAAUGGAGCCCUCUAUGAAGCCAUCAAGUUUUAUCGUAGGGCUAUGCAACUCGUACCUGAUAUUGAGUUCAAGAUUUCUUAUACCCGGUCUCCCGAUGGUGAUGGCGUUGGAAACAGCUACAUUGAAGAUAAUGAUGAUGAUAGCAAGAUGGCAGAUCUCUUGUCUUACUUCCAGCAGCAACUCACAUUUCAGGAGUCUGUGCUCAAACUGUGUCAGCCUGAACUUGAGAGCAGUCAGACUCACAUCUCAGUACUCCCAAUGGAGGUCCUGAUGUACAUCUUCCGGUGGGUGGUGUCUAGUGAAUUGGACCUCAGAUCAUUGGAACAGUUGUCACUGGUGUGCAGAGGAUUCUAUAUCUGUGCCAGAGACCCUGAAAUAUGGCGUUUGGCCUGCUUGAAAGUUUGGGGCAGAAGCUGUAUUAAACUUGUUCCAUAUACAUCCUGGAGAGAGAUGUUUUUAGAAAGGCCUCGUGUUCGGUUUGAUGGAGUGUAUAUCAGCAAAACUACAUAUAUUCGUCAAGGGGAGCAGUCUCUUGAUGGUUUCUAUAGAGCCUGGCACCAAGUGGAAUAUUACAGAUACAUAAGAUUCUUUCCUGAUGGCCAUGUGAUGAUGUUGACAACCCCUGAAGAGCCUCAGUCCAUCGUUCCUCGUUUGAGAACUAGGAAUACCAGAACUGACGCGAUUCUACUGGGUCAUUAUCGCUUGUCACAAGAUACAGACAAUCAGACCAAAGUAUUUGCUGUGAUAACUAAGAAAAAAGAAGAAAAACCGCUUGACUACAAAUACAGAUAUUUUCGUCGUGUCCCUGUACAAGAAGCAGAUCAGAGUUUUCAUGUGGGGCUCCAGCUAUGUUCCAGUGGCCACCAGAGAUUCAACAAACUCAUCUGGAUACAUCAUUCCUGUCAUAUUACAUACAAAUCAACUGGUGAGACUGCAGUCACUGCUUUUGAGAUUGACAAGAUGUACACCCCCUUGUUCUUCGCCAGAGUGAGGAGCUACACUGCUUUCUCAGAAAGGCCUCUGUAGAGCCUCUAUCCAGUCCUCUGUUCCUGUUGCAUGAACAAAAGUAUAUAGAGCAAAAGAGCACCUAAGUUAUCAUUGUACAUAUAUAUAUAUAUGGAAUUGGAGCUUAUUUUAAACUGUUGGGGUUCUUUCAAGAAGAGUAUAAAUUCAUUAUUUUUUUUAUUUAAAGAGAUAGUUGAUUCUUGGGGUGUUUUGUUUUGAAAUUAAGAUUAUAAGUUAAGCAUUUUUAUGUUUUGGAAAACCUUAAUGUAAGGUUUAAAUCAUGUCCUUUUUCAAGCAGAUUUAUGAGCAGAUUUCUAUUAAGUCUUUUUUCCUUUCUGCUUGAUCAUUCUAGUAUUUAAAUGCAUCAGGGAAGAGUUUUGCUGGGAAAGCAUUUGUGUCACGCAUGACAUCUUGUCUGUGCACUAAAGGCUCAAAAUUUGAAAACCUGUUCUGUGUUUGUUUGAAACUGUUUGACCAGUAAAGAUCAUAAAUAAAUGUUUUCUUUGAAGAAAA